AUGGUUUAUAACCACUCGUACUCUCUCUAUUUCUACGUUGGAAUGAGUGCACACACUUUUGCUUCACUGAAUGUUCCUCUUUCUGCUGUCAGCAUUCUUUUGAACUUUUUUUUUGUCUAUUGUAUGGUCUUUCCACAGAAAGGAGCAGAGCGGCUGAAGGAACCUCUGAAUGUUUUACUGGGAUCACUUGUUGGGUGCAACACUACGAUUCAUCUCUGCAGCCUUUUCUAUGUUUUUCAUCAGUUUGUCUUAAAUACACUGAUUAUGAAUUGGUACACCUUAAUUAUCGUAUCUGAUUUGAUUUUGAGCAUUAUGUUAUAUACCAUGCUGACCAUUGUUACCUCCUGCCACUGGAAGAACAUGUUUUACUUCUGCCAGAUUGUUCCUCUCCAGAAUUCUGUCUUCAUCUGGUUUAAGAGGAACAUAAGAACCUUAAUAUACUCUGCCUUGAUCUUAAAUGCCAUUUUCUAUUUGUUUGGAAUGAUUGUAGACAUUGCUUAUGAAAUUGUGCGAUCCCAUUAUGAUGUAGCAUUUACCCUCGGAAAUGACACUGGGGAUUCGCUGUGGAAUUCCAUGCAAUUAAAUCAUUCGAUAGGCUUAGCAAAUGUUUGGUUUACAUUACUCUAUUUCUUGCUCAGUCUUUGUGUGAUGUUGGCCUCGAGCUGUGCGACUGUUCUCUACCUGUGGAGACACAUGAAGAAUGUGGAGGAGAGCGGCCUCGUCUCUCCUCGUCUCCAGAGACAGAUAAAGAUGACCAUCACAGGCAUCACAGUACAGGUGCUCCUUCACUUCCUCUGCUCAGAUGGGAUUAUAAUAGUUGUAAUUGCAGAUAAAUUCUCUCAGGAAAAUUGGGAUUCUGAUGGAUUUGUCCUCUGUACAAUCAUUUCUUUGUACUCUUUCGGGACAACCAUAAACAUGGGUGUUUGUCAGUCACCGUUCCGACAGGGAGUAGUUAAUGCUUGGCAAAAACUUCUGCAAUUUCUUAUAUCACUGAAUUAA